GAAUGAUUCUUUGAACACGGUUUUACACAGAGGCGUUUUUAAGUUUUUAAUAAAUGUCUCCUGCGCAGAGUUGAUCAGAGACAUUUGUUUAUUUGCUUAGGGACUCUCUUGUUUUGUUAGCCUUUGAAUUGUGAGCGCUAGUUGUGUGCAGUUGAAUCAAUUCCAUGGCCACUUAUACUCCCUCUUCACCUUUCCAGAUUGUAAAUACUUUUGACGAGAUUGUGCCCUCAUCUGCUGCUUCCUCCUCCGCCACUCCUCUUCUCCGUCCUUCUGCUUCUUUCGAUGUUUUCAUCAACCAUUGCGGUGUUGAUGUCAAAUACACCCUCGCCACCACCAUCUCCCAUAAACUUACCGCCCUCGGAAUCUCCGUCUUUCUGGAUGCCCAUUCCCUUCAAUUGGGUGAUGUCAUUCCAGCACAAAUCCAAGAGGCCAUUCGCACUGCUACACUUCAUAUUGCCAUUUUCUCUGUUAACUAUGCCGAUUCCCCUUGGUGUUUAGCGGAGCUGUCCUCCAUGCUUAAGACGGGUAACAGAAUUAUUCCUGUCUUCUAUCAUGUCGAUCCUUCUGAUCUGCGCUGGGUGGGUCAAGGAAAAGGAAUCUAUGCUGCUGCGUUUUCUCAAUAUCAACUGAAUGGCAGAUACUCCGAGGAAAAGCUUGACGAGUGGAGGAGGGCACUCUAGAAUGCUUCUCUUCGUUCUGGCUGCGUGAUCAAGGAUAGUAGAGAUGAGGCGAUGCAGUUGAAGAAUAUUGUAAAUAUGGUAUCUAAGGAACUGGGCAAGGUGCCCUUUCUGGUGGCCGACAAACCCAUUGGACUGGUUGAUAUCGUGCGGGAUUUUGAAGAAGCUGUUGAGAGUGAGCACAACGCUCAAAUUGUUGGGAUUGUGGGAAUGGGCGGAGCGGUUAAAACCACUCUUGCUAAAGAGUUGUAUAACAGGAAAUCCCCAUCCUUCAAAUAUUCCAGUUUUGUAUUUGCGGUGCGAGAUGCUGCAAGCAAAAAUGCUUUGCAUGAGAAGCAAAACAUGCUUCUGAAGGACCUUGGUGUCCAAGACUCAGCAUUCGAUAACAUUGAAGGAGUCAAGGCUAUUCUGGUAAAUCGGUUGAGAUCUGUUCCUGCGCUCAUCGUUUUGGAUGACGUGGAUCAUGGUAGCCAACUGGAUGCUCUGUUACCAACUAAAGAUGGCCUUGCAUCCGGCAGUCUUGUCAUUGUUACAUCACGCGAGUUAAAUCUCCUUGCAAAAUCGGGCUCAACUAUAUAUAGGAUCAAGGCAUUGAAUCCCCUUCACGCCAAGGAACUUUUUUGUUGGCAUGCAUUUUUACAGUCCCAUUCACAAGAGGGAUUUGAAAAUACUGUUGAAAAGUUUUUGCAAGCUUGCGAUGGGUUGCUUUUGUCCCUUGAGGUCUUUGGAGGAUUAGUUUAUGGUAAGUCCAAGGAUUAUUGGGAAUCUCAGUUGAAUAAGAUUCUCAAAAUUUUGGCCGAAGAUGUUAAAGGAAGGUUGAAUGUCAGCUACAAUUCAUUAGAUGAAGAAGAGAAAGAGAUGUUUAUGGAUGUGGCUUGUUUUUUCAUUGGCAAAAAGAAAAGUUGGGUCAUUGAAGUAUGGAAUGAAUCGGGAUGGAGUGGUUUGCAUGGGUGGGAAACACUUGUUAACAAGUGUCUGGUUAAUGUGGACAAGAAUGAUAUUAUAAUAAUGCAUGAUCAUUUAAGAGAUCUGGGAAGGGAAUUUACAGGUAGACAUCCACCUUCACGUGUAUGGCAUCAAGAGCAAAUAAUUGAUAUACAGAAACAAAUUAAGUUGAGCUUCAUUAAACGAAAUUCUUGUCAUCUAUUAUUAUGA